GGAUCAAUGAUCAUUUGUAGUUCGGAUAGGUGGCUCGUGCCCUGCUUGGCUUUAAAUGUCUGACAUAACACUGCAAUGUUGCUGACAUUGAUCAGCAGCAAGAGCGGCCGCUUCUCAUUGGACCUGUAGGUUGUCGCUCAGCCAUUGAGGCUGAGACAAAGUGACAAUGCUGUGAAAACUGAGCGUCGCAUUGUGCAGUGUGUAGGGGUGACCCAUUGACUGGUCCAUACGCGAUACUAUGGGGUGGCUUUGGAUCGCUGUGGCAACGUGUGUACUCGCGUCCUGCUCUGUCAAAGGAAAUGACUGGUGGUCGGAGUAUGAAGAGGGGAUUCGGCACUACAGCAAGGAGGCCCUCAAUAAGGAGUUUCCAGAGAAAACCCGGCCAGUGAGCUUCAAGCAUCCUGUGUUCCAGUGCUCAGACAUGGGUCCUUCUCCCUCUGUCCCCUCCUCAGUUGAAUUUGUGAAGGCGGCGGAUAUCAAAGUCAUCGCCGCCUUGGGGGAUUCUCUGACAACGGCUAUCGGCGCCAACGCCACCACUGUCCUCGGCAUUCCCAUCGAGUUUCGUCACGUGUCAUGGAGCAUUGGAGGCUAUGGGACAUAUCAAGAUGUCAUUACUUUGGCAAAUAUCAUCAAGCUGUUUAACCCCAAUCUGCUUGGAGCUUCUCCUGGAAAGACAGUUCAUGGGAUGCAGGCUCAUAUCAGUGAAACGGGCUUCAACUUGGCCGUAACUGGACACAACACCUUCAAUCUGCCCGGUCAGACGAGACAUUUGAUAGACACACUGAGAGGUUACGAGGGUCUCAACUUUGAAGAGGACUGGAAGCUUUUGACUAUUCUCAUGGGCAUGAAUGACAUCUGUGAUUACUGCAAAGAUAAAGCUCUUUUUUCAGUCGAUAACUUCAUCCACUAUAUGACCGUCUCGUUGGAAAUGCUUAUGAAUGAGGUUCCCCGUAUGAUUGUGAACGUGGUUCAGAUCCUCCCCAUGCAGACUUUGAGGGAGGUGCAGAAGCCCACCCCAGGGUGCUUGCUCCAGCGGUCUUUCUGCUCAUGCCUGAUAGAGCCAGUAGCCAGAUCUCCUGAACUGCGGGAGCUGGUGGAGGUCAAUCUGGAAUUCCAGAAAAGACUCGAGAAGCUGCUGUACAGCGACCGCUUCUUCAGGGACGACUUCGCCGUUGUUCUCCAGCCCUUUCUGAAGCACGCUGACCCGCCCCGCCUCCCGAACGGGAAGAUCGAUAUGACUUUCUUCACUCACGACUGCUUCCACUUUACCAUAAAGGGACAUGAGGAGCUGGCCAAGGGACUGUGGAACAACAUGUUUCAGCCUGAGGGAGGAAAGACGAUUGUGAGCAGCUUCUCUGACCCCAUCGCUCUCAUCUGCCCGCCUAUGGAACACCCAUAUAUCUUCACUCGACCGAUUGCAGCCAAGUCAGACCAACCUCCCCUCCAGACUGAUGCUCCAUCACCAGCAGUCAUCUUCCUGCUGCUCCUCCUGGCACAGCUUGGAGUUAUGUAGCUUUUAAUUCCUGUCCCCGAGGCAAAACACACAGUGGGCAAAAGGAGUUUUUUAGCCAUUCACCAGCAUGGAGGAAAUGACUGCAAACUGACAGAUUUGACAACAAACAAUCAUUGCAAUCAUGCAACAGAAAUAUUUAAAUCUCAGAGGAUGUUGGAGAUGGACGAGAUGAGGAUAGGGGAGCUUCAGAUGGUUGGGGGUUGUCUCUAUAAUAUUGCCAGAUUUUUACUAAAUAAAGUGCCUGGAGAUGACUGGUGUUGUGAACUGUGCUUCAAAGUGAACUGAACUGAAAAAUGUGACUUUCUAAUAGACCGUUUUACAGUUUUAAAUUGAGAUUUAAUUAACUUUUCCUAAAGACGAUAUACCAGUUAGACCGCAUACGUGGUAGUGGGACGUUUCUGUUUCUCCCCCAUUUGGGGAGCAGACUUAGAGCAUAUAUGUAUUUUUAAUAAAAAGUUUGCUUUGUACAAAUUGCAAAUGUUGUAAUUAACAAAGCACGACGACCUACUUUU